AUGCUUGAUGCAUCAAUGAUUGAUGCUGAAACUGGUGGAGCUUCUGGCGCAUUUACCUAUACAGCACAAUAUGGUGUCAGACGAGCAUCAACUCGACCUGAUGUUUAUCGAACACAAUUUGGUUCAAUGAGUGCCGAUGAAUAUCUUACACCAAUGUUACAACCACCUCAACGUGCUGACAAUAAUAUGGCUCGACGUCUUUCUAGAAAUUCAUUUCUUAUUCCACCUCAAACAUUUGUACGUCGAGCUACAGACGACCUUAAAUAUACACGUGAACAAUCAGGUUACUGUUUUGGUGUAUUAAUUGUUCUCAGCUAUUUUCUUGUCAUUGUUACAUUUCCAUUAUCUUUAUGUUUCUGUCUUAAAGUAGUACAAGAAUAUGAAAGAGCUGUUAUCUUUCGACUUGGCCGUAUUUUAGCAAAUGCAGCACGUGGACCCGGUUUAUUCUUUAUUUUACCAUGUAUUGAUACCUAUAGUAAAGUUGAUCUUCGAACAGUAACUUUUGAUGUUCCACCACAAGAAAUUUUAACAAAAGAUAGUGUCACAGUAGCAGUUGAUGCUGUUGUAUAUUUUCGAAUAUUUAAUGCUGUUAUAUCAAUAACAAAUGUUGAAGAUGCAGCAAAAUCAACAAAACUUUUAGCAGCAACAACACUUCGAAAUGUUUUAGGUACUAAAACACUUCAGGAAAUUCUUGCUGAACGAGAUAAAAUUGAUAAUGUUAUUCAAACGGGUCUCGAUGAAGCAACUGAUCCUUGGGGUGUUAAAGUUGAACGUGUUGAAGUAAAAGAUGUUCGUUUACCAGUAGCAUUACAAAAAGCUAUGGCAGCUGAAGCUGAAGCAUCACGAGAUGCACGUGCAAAAAUAAUUGCAGCUGAAGGUGAAAUGAAAGCAAGUCGUAGUUUAAAAGAAGCAGCUGAUACAAUUAAUGAAUCACCUAUUGCUUUGCAAUUAAGAUAUUUACAAACAUUAACACAAAUUGCUGCUGAACGUAAUUCAACUAUUGUCUUUCCCAUUCCUAUUGAACUUUUACAAUCUGUAUCACGUAGUCGUCGAUAA